AUGGCAGAGGGUUUUCCAUCGCUGAGCCAUGCGCCAUCGGCGUUCCCGCUCCCAACAAUAGCAGAGGACACGCUGCAUUACGUGCUCCAUCCGCCGGCAUCAAGUACGCGAACCGAGGCCGACGAGGUGGCACUCGCGACCCUCAUCUCAACGUACGUCGAGUCGCUGCUCACGACCCCAUGGCUGUGGAACAAGGAUGCGUGGGAGCUCAAGGCGGGCAAGGGCAAGCUCGAGGGCACGAUGCGUGUCGGCGACGCCGUCGACGACGAGUGGCUUGUUGUUUGGCUCCUCCGCGAGGUCAGCAAGCGCUGGCCUGAUCUGGUCAUCAGCAUUCGCGACUCGGAUGGCGAGUUCCUUCUCAUUGAGGCGGCGCACGAGCUCCCAGCUUGGGUCUCCCCCGAGAACGCCGACAAUCGCCUCUGGCUCGCCGGCGGACAUCUGCACCUCCUCCCGCUGUCUGUGCGCUCGGCCAGCUCUUCACGUCCCAAACAGCUCGCCGACGACGGCUACGAUGACGGCGGGCGCGCGAUCGAUCCCGACGCUCAGGUGAACGAAGCGGAUGCGAUUGCCGCCGUCAGGACGGGCAAGUAUCAGGCGCCCGAGGUCGAGCGCGCCGUGUGGGAGCGGAUAGCCUGCUACCCCGACGCCCUUAAGACGCACCAGCACAGGACAAACGUCUACCUCCCCGUCCCGAUUGCGCGGGCUCUCCACGAGGCGCCGGACCUCAUCCAGCGCGCCGUCGAGGGCUUCUACGUGCGCGACCCCGCGCAACUGAGGGCGGCCGCACGCAUGACGCACUUCCCGCCGUCUCCGUCCAUCCUCUCCUCCGUACUCAUGAGCCGCGCGGCGUACGCCCAGCUCCAGGGCCAGGUGUUCCACCCCCCACGCGUGUUCGGCCCCGAAUGGCACGUGCCCGAGGGCGAGGAGGACGAGCACCGUUGGCGCGAUCUCGGCGUCAAGAUCGCGACGGGCUUCGAGAUCAUGUACCGCGAGGGCGGGCGGAAGGGCCGCACGGCUGAUGCCGAGACGAGCACUGCUGGGCUGGAGAACAGGCCCGAGUACCAGAAGUACAUUGCGGAUCUGAAGGCGGCUGGUUUCUUUGGAGAUGAGCUGCAGGGGAGCGCGAAGUGGAAGGAGAGGGAGACGGUCGCUGCCAAGGGCUGGAUCGAUGCGCAGUCUUCCGACACUACACAAGAACGACCCUCAUUCGCCUACCUCGUUGACAAGGCGAUCGACGAGGCUGCCAACAUCCCCGUUAGCCAGCUCGAGGUGUCCAAGGACAGCCCCGAGGACAGCGACAAGUGGCUUGAAAUCUCGCCCGACGAGCUCGACACCCUGAUGACGCGCGCAUCUGGAGCUCAGACUGCCGCAUCGGGCGAGCCCGCUGCCAAGCUCGACGACGAGCAGGGCAAGGCGCUGGCUGAUUUGGCGAGCAAGGUGCAGGAGUUUGUUGGUGGCCAGGGCGACAUGACUGGUGCGCGGUUUGCAGAUGAACUCUCCGACGAGGACAUGGACACCGACUCGGAGGACGACGAGGACAAGCCGACCGAGGCGGAGCGACAAGAGCGCCUCGCCAAGCUUGUGCCUUCGCUGCCUGCUGAGGAGUGGGGCAGGAAGCAGGCCCCGCAGGAGGACGUCGAGAUGGCGCCGUCUCACCGACCGACGAGCUCAAAGGAGACGCCGUUGACAGAAACCCUCCUCCCGAACAAGAUGCGCCCGCCCGUCUUCUCCAAGCCAGAGUACGAUGGCGUCGUGUCCGACUCGUCAGACGAGGACGAGGAUGACCUCCCGCCUGCGGGCACACUGGGCCGCAAGAUUGCCCAGAUGAAGUGGGGUGACACGGCGCCUGAAGCGACCAUUGAGGAGAUUGAUGACGACGAGGAUGAGGGAGCGGGCAGUGACAAGGAAGACAAGGCGCGUGCCAAGUCGCUGCGCUUCAACGACAACGACAUCGACGAGCAGAUGCGUCAGCGCGUCUGGGGCGCCGAGGACGAGCCGGAGGAGAAGCAGGGCGACGACAUGGACGUCGACAUGGGCGAGGAGGAGGAAGAGUUCCUCAAGUUUGCGCGCGAGUCACUCGGCAUCAGCAGCGACCAGUGGGACGACAUUAUCAAGUCACGCGAGGCGCGUGGCGGUGAGUGCCGCGGGAGGAACGAUCUGACGAGUGUAGCGUUUGUCCCCAAGCCGAACACGAAGGGAGCCGCACCGGAGGCGUCAAGCUCUGCCUCUUUGACGCCAGCGCCAGUGGCCAAGCCCGCCGAACAGCCAAGCCGCACCCCCGACAUGUCGCUCAACAGCUUCGAAAGCGUCAUGGCGGCAAUGGAGGCCGAGCUGAAGCGCGCGAACGCCGAGGGAGCCGACGCCGCACCCACCGGCCUGCCGUCUGGCGCUGGCGCCGUGCCGUUCGUCUCCAAGAAGCCGAAAGCAACCGCAGCCGCCAAGCCCGCGCCCAAGGCCAAGAGCAAGCUCCGCCCCGGCAAGGGCAAGGCUUCGUCGCUCAUGACGCUCCCGUCCGAGGAGGACAUUGACAACAUGGACGACGAGGCGCUGGCGGCCAUGGACGCCGAGCUGCGGCAGGCGCUGCGCGACGCCGGGGCCGACUCGGACGACGAGCUCGGCGCCGACGAGCCCGCCGAGGCGAAGAACCUGACGGGCGACGCAGCCGCAGAGUACAAGAUGAUGCGCGACCUCCUCGAGAGCGCAAAGAGCGGUGGUGGGGCCGGCGCGGCGGGCAACCUCUUUGGUCGGCUGCAACAGAACAAGUAG